AUGGAUAGAAAGUCUGCUAGAAUAAAAGCAGAGUUGCAAAGAUAUGGUUGGAGAGUUUCGAAGAAGUUUAAAUAUAGGAAGGGAAGACCCAUAAAAGUCUAUGACAAAUUGUCUGGUCUUCGCUACGAAAUGGAUUUGGAAACAGCACGUGCCAAUUAUCCAAACAGACUAGAGAGGUUAGAAGAAGAACGUCUUAUGGACAUGCCUUUCGAUGUUAGUGAACCUCAAGUUGAAGGACACGACGGCUUUGCCAGAUUCUACUGGAAACAUGACGAACCAUUGCAUCCUUUGAGAAGGAAAAAAGGAAAAGGUGAAGACACACAUGCUCCCAUGGAAAGAACAAGAUAUGCAUAUGAAAAGUAUCGUGAAGUUAGAAGUCAAAUUACAUCUGGUCGAACCUUUACAGUAAACUUUGACGAAGGAAAGAACAAAGAAGGCUUCAUGGGUGUACUUGCUGCAAUUCAAGACGGAAAUAAGAAAGGACACAAUCUCAGAUUGACCAUAACAGAUUUGGAUGGUCACAUUUACUAUGCACAUGGCAAUGUCACAACAGCCGCACAACUUCUUGACGCUUUCAAGACUACAAAGAGAGAACAAAUGGUUGACUCCGACUCAGACAUUUUGAAUGCAAUUGAAGGAAUUGCAAGUGUCAAGUUCGAAUGGUACCAACCUAACCCUCAAGCAGUCAGACAACAUGCUGGAUACUUCCCCUUCAGAAAUAAGUCUGACAUUGACUUGACAAGGUAUGGAAUUUACAAUUCAAUUGAAACAAUUGUCAAUGAACCUUGUAUUCUUACAUGUCUCAGGAACUCUGGUCUUGUUACAGAUGAGAAAAUGAAGUAUCUUGAGUCAUGUGUGAAGACAAGGUACAUUCUCAGAGGUCAAUUGGCAAAAAUUGCACCGUUGGCAAAUGUCAAUAUCCGAGUCAACAUACCUACAGCUAAAGGUUCUUCACAUGACGACUAUGUUGUUGACAAAGACUUACCAUGGUUGAAGAUUGUAAUUGUCCACAACCACUUCAUGUUGAAC